UCUCAAGCUCAUUAAUUGUUAAAAAGCCAAAUAACAAUGGAUAUUGAUGAACUAUUCGAUUGCUUUAGCGAGGUGCCGCCGGAAAGUUUGCAGGCGCCGUCAAGCAGCGCAAAAAGGAUUACAGAAGAAGCGCCCAAAAGCCAGACAGAGACAAGCAACAACAAUGCGGUGGAAGCAACAGCAACUAAGCGUGCAGCGACAAAAGAGAGUGAUGGAGCCGGAAGUGAUGGGGGGGAGGAGCCCAAGAAGCGUGCGCGCGCAAACAACACAGAAACUAAGACAAGAAAGGAAAAGGAAGAUGACGCUAUUCAGGCAUUGCCAAAGGACGUUGAAGAGGAGGAUGAGGAGGAUGAAGCCGGCACUGACAACAAGCCACUGGAAGACCUCGAGGAAUCCGCAUUGGAGGCGCUGCGCACCCGCAUCGUUACACACCAGCUGGAGGCGCCCGAAUCCUGCACCCAUGAGGUUGCUGCACAUCCUGAUCAAGAGUAUAUACCGCUACAACCGUAUAGCGGUAUACCGGCCAAGGAGUAUCCCUUUGUGCUGGAUCCCUUCCAGAAGCAGGCCAUACUCUGCAUAGAUAAUUCCCAGAGCGUGCUGGUCUCGGCGCACACAUCGGCCGGCAAGACAGUGGUGGCUGAAUACGCCAUUGCCAAGUCGUUGGCAGCCAAGCAGCGCGUUAUCUACACAACACCCAUCAAGGCGCUAUCGAAUCAGAAGUUCCGCGAAUUCACCGACGAGUUUAAAGAUGUGGGUCUGAUAACCGGCGACGUGACCAUCAAUCCCUCAGCUUCUUGCCUGAUCAUGACCACAGAGAUUCUGCGCAACAUGCUGUACCGAGGCAGCGAGGUAAUGCGCGAAGUCGGUUGGGUAAUAUUCGAUGAGAUUCAUUAUAUGCGUGACAAGGAGCGUGGCGUCGUGUGGGAGGAGACACUCAUUUUGCUGCCGGACAAUGUGCGUUAUGUCUUCCUCUCGGCCACCAUUCCGAAUGCUCGCCAGUUCGCCGAAUGGGUGUGUCAUCUGCACAAGCAGCCCUGCCAUGUGGUCUAUACGGACUACAGACCUACACCCCUACAGCAUUACAUCUUCCCGGCGGGGGGCGAUGGCAUUCAUCUGAUCGUGGACGAGAAGGGACAGUUCAAGGAGGAUAACUUCACGACAGCCAUGGCAGUGUUGGCCAAUGCGGGUGAGGCUGCUAAAGGGGACCAGAAGGGACGCAAAGGUGGCAUAAAGGGCACAAAUUCGGGACAGACGAACAUCUUCAAAAUUGUCAAGAUGAUAAUGGAAAGGAACUUUGCACCAGUCAUCAUAUUCUCGUUCAGCAAAAAGGAGUGCGAGGUGUAUGCCAUGCAGAUGGCCAAACUAGAUUUCAAUACCGUCGACGAAAAGAAACUGGUCGAUGAGGUAUUCAACAAUGCGAUGGAUGUGCUGAGCGAAGAGGAUCGUCGUCUGCCGCAGGUGGAGAAUGUGUUGCCGUUGCUGAGACGUGGCAUUGGCAUCCAUCAUGGUGGCCUGCUGCCCAUACUGAAGGAAACAAUUGAGAUAUUGUUUGGGGAGGGCCUGAUUAAGGCUCUCUUUGCGACCGAAACUUUUGCCAUGGGUCUUAAUAUGCCGGCGCGUACGGUGCUGUUUACGGCUCCACGAAAAUUCGAUGGCAAGGACUUCCGUUGGAUAAGUUCGGGCGAGUAUAUACAAAUGGCUGGACGUGCAGGACGGCGUGGUCUCGAUGACAAAGGCAUUGUCAUAUUGAUGAUCGAUGAGAAGGUGUCGCCAGCAGUGGGACGUGGCAUUGUGCAGGGCAAGGCUGAUCCCAUCAAUUCGGCCUUCCAUCUCACCUACAAUAUGGUUUUGAAUUUGCUGCGUGUCGAGGAAAUCAAUCCAGAGUAUAUGCUGGAGCGUUCAUUUUAUCAAUUUCAAAACCAGGCCGCACUGCCGGUGCUGCACGAAAAGGUGCAGAAGAAGACGCAAGAGUUGUCGAAAUUGCAUUUCAAGGAUGAGCAUAAUAUAGCCUCGUACCAUCAGAUACGCUCGCAGCUGGAUCAUUAUGGGAAACAGUUUCGCCAGUGGAUCACAAAGCCACAAUAUCUAAUUCCCUUUCUGCAGCCGGGUCGUCUAGUCAAGGUUACGGCUGGGGCUCAGGAUUAUGAUUGGGGCAUUGUGCUUAAUUUCAAAAAGAAGGAAAAAUUUGCUGGCAAGAACCCCACGAAGGAUAAUGAGCCGCAUGUUACCAUCGAUGUGCUGCUGCAUGUGAGCGAAGCUGCCGCCAAAUCCGGUGACACAGAACCAUGCCCGCCUAACGAGCGUGGCUGCAUGGAGGUAGUCCCAGUCGCACAUACGCUCAUCAUACAAAUAUCCUCGCUACGUGUACACUUUCCCAACGACUUGCGCACUUCGGACAAUCGUCGAGCCGUGCUCAAAACCAUACAGGAGGCCAAGAAACGAUUUCCGCUUGGACCGCCCGUUCUAAAUCCGAUCGAUGAUAUGCACAUCAGGGAGACGGAGUUUCGCAACAUUGUCGAAGCGAUUGCCAAAUUUGAGGCUCGUCUGUACGAGCAUCCUUUGCAUAAAUCGCCGGACUUGGAGCGCCUGCAUGCACGCUAUCUGGAGAAAGUGAAGCUGGAGGGCGAACUGCACGAUUUGCGCUCUGAACUGAAGGCCGCACGCAGUUUGUUGCAAAUGGAGGAGCUGAAGCAUCGGAAGCGCGUGCUCAGACGCAUGGGAUACUGCAAACCGGGCGAUGUUAUCGAAUUCAAGGGUCGUGUGGCCUGCGAGCUGAGCUCAGCGGAUGAAUUGCUCAUGACUGAGAUGAUUUUCAACGGAGUCUUCAAUGAUCUGAGUCCUCCGAAAGCAGUCGCCUUGCUCUCGUGCUUUGUUUGCGAUGAGAAGUCGAGUGACGCGCCCAAAUGUGCCACCGAAUUGUCUGGACCCUUGCGCUCAAUGCAGGAUCUGGCCCGUCGCAUUGCCAAAGUGUCCACCGAAUGCAAACUGGACCUGGAUGCGGAGAACUAUGUCGAAAAAUUCAAACCAUUCUUAAUGGAUGUUGUGCUGGCCUGGUGCAAGGGUGCCUCAUUCCUUAGCGUCUGCAAAAUGACGGACAUUUUCGAGGGCUCCAUUAUUCGUUGCAUGCGACGUCUCGAGGAGUUGCUGCGACAAAUGUGCCAGGCAUCGAAAACCAUUGGAAAUACGGAUCUGGAGAACAAGUUCUCCGAGGGCAUACGUCUGCUCAAACGUGACAUUGUAUUUGCAGCCUCGCUCUAUCUCUAAGUGUUUCUAGUUUUUAUAAUACUUGAAAGUUCUUGACUAAGGUUUAUGAGAAGUUUAUAGCUGCGGUCAGACAGGCAAAUAAUUUGCAACAAAUUCUUUCAAUUCUAAAAGCGUGUCAAAAACAGCAAACAUGCUAAGCGAAAAUAAAAUUUUCUACCACAGCAGAUUUACAUUUCAUUACCAACCUGAAACCCUAAUGUAUUUGUGCGCAAAUUAUUUGCCUGUUAGACCACAGUAUAAGAAAAGGACACGGUUUUGUCGUGUGGCCUAAAAUUUCAUUUUGUUUCUCACAAACAAGUCGAAGCUGCGUCUUUGGCUUGAUGUGAACAAAAUUUUAUGUAUAUUUGUAAGUGCAAAGAAACAUUGACUUAUAUAUACUAAUAUAUACAACAAAGAAGAAGAGUGCUGUGCAAAAUAAAAGUAAAAAUAUAACUACA